UUUGCGUGGUAAAACUUAAAUCACGGGCGGGAGAAGACCAAGUCAGUCGGUUGGCGAAGUUGUACCGUUUAAAGUUUUAAACCGAAAGUUGAAGUUAGAAAUAGUUUUUAAUCGCCGACUCAUUUUCCAAUGAGUUGAAUAAAACGUUGGAUUGUUUUCUGGGGUCGAAGAGGAGGCAAGAUAAGGACAUUUUAAGCAACGUUAUCGACUAAACUUAACGGGACCAAGGAGAGACGGGGAAGUGAUUCAACAGUUUAAAGAUGAUCAUGAAGGGGCAGAAGCGUAAACACCCACCAGAGGACGUGGAGGUUUCGGACCCAAGCAGCCCUACCUGGGAGAGCCAGCGCCAGUUUGUGUUCUCCGUUUCCCUGAACAAGUAUCAGCGUGGCCAGGAGCUACCUGAACCCAGCCUGCGCCGGUCUGUUCUGAUAGCCAACACGCUGCGGCAGGUCAGCCGUGAGGCUCGUAGGGUGCCCUCUGUAGACGUGGAGGUGCCCCCACCACUUUGUAGCUCUUCAUCUGAACUCCAGGAGAGUACUUUGACUGGAGUCGCUCCAGCAAAACCUCCCUCUGCAGUGAUGUUUUCUAACAGCCACUCGGCUCUUGUCAGCUGCCCUGUGGUUUCUUUGAAUAACUUGUCAAAUUGUGAUACAAGUAGGUCUCCUGCAACUUGCCACCUAAGUGCGUUAAAUGUCCCUCUGUCUGUAAAAGACGAAGAUGAGGACUGGGGAUCGAUGUCCACGGAUUCUGAUUUCUCACUUUCGGCUGCUAUCUCCUCCAUUCUCACCGCACUGGACUCUACCAUCGACGGGAGCCCACAGGCAGCUCCACGGACACCUCUCAGGUCCCUGGAGAACCUGUCGGGGCCCUCUGAUGGCGGCGUGGCAUGGGGGAAACAGGCAGUCCGAGGUAACGGGGGAAGCUGGGAGCAGCAGGAAGAGUGGAGGGUGCCGGAGAGCAGCGUGGAAGUGAUGAGGUCCAGCUUCCUCAGUGAGCUCACUGUGGAGGAUCUGUUCCAGGAUAUAGACACGUCCCUGCUGGAGAGGGACAUGGGAGUGCUUGGGCUCCGAGGCAGUGGAGGGGGAUACCAGGCUGGGGACGAUCUGUUACGGUAUCUGCAGCCUUUCUCCUCCUCCUUCCCCCCCUCAAACCCCUUCUCUGUCUCUCUCAACCAGAAUCUGAAGUGCCUGCCUUCGUUCUCCUCAUUCUGCCCAUUGUCUUCCUCAUCCUCUUCUUUGCCAGCCUUCUCUAGUCCGAAUCUUGUGAGAGAAGGACUCGAGCUGGAGCAUCUGAUGGAGAUCCUGGUUGAGUCCUGAUUGUUUCAACGUCCUCAUACUGUAAGGAAGUAACCUGAACAUUAACACACACAACUUAACUUAAGUUAGUGGACAAAAAACGGAAUUCUCACGGCAAACGGCUGGGUUGUCAAAACACGUUGAAUAUUCACUUUGUUUUUGUUUUUUAUAUUGCAGAAGAAAUAGUGUAUUAUGGGCUUUAGAAAGUAGUAAGAAUGCUCUAGAAAUGUAGAAAUGGUAAGACAGGAAAUGCUCCAUAGGUGGGUGUGCAGGUGGAGUAGCUGUGAUGCACGUGGCAGCUUUUUGUGCAACAUGAAGUGUUUGUUUCCCAGCAGAAAGGGAGUAAAACUACGUGUAAGCCAGAUAAAGCUGUGUCUUUUUUUUUUUUUUUUUUCUCCUCACAAUGGCUAAGCAAUGAGUCAGUGCAUAAUGAACUGGUGAAAAAGCGGCUUUACUAGGGCUUCGAGUGUGACUCAGCUAGUUGGAACUAGGGAAGGGAGGUGUCUGAUUUAGGAAAAAACGGAUUUAUUCAGCAAAUGAGAAGAAGAACGGGUGAUCACGGUCUACGGAGAGAAAAUUACUUCGGCAGUGUUGCCCUAAAAUUUGUCAAAUGCAUCACAGUUUCAAGUAAUCCUGCGUUCACAUUGAACAUCCCAGUUUAUCUGAAGUAAGAAAAGAAGAAGAAGAAGAAAAAAAAAAAAAAAGCAGCCAGUCACGUACUGGUGCUGAUUCAUGCAGUGGACUGAACGUUGGGCGACUCGUGAGAUAAAUCCUUUUUAAAACGCCAGCGUAACCGGUCAACCUGCGUUCUGAGAGAAUGUGGUUUGGCUGGUGUUUGAAGGACAACGGUUGAACCAAUAUACUUAUUGGUCAAACUUCUGUGAAGAAAUCUUUUAACCUCAUAUUUAUCAAUCAGUUCCAGCAGCGGCGUGGCAUCGGGUGCUCAAGGCUCUGACACACCAACCCGACGGCCGACCGUCGGCAGAAAAGGACCGCCUCCCCGAGUUGGUCAAAAAAAAAAGUGCCUCGGAAAACACACCGAAGCGACGCCCACUUGAGCCUACGUUCUGCGUGAGACGUAAUGCGGCGCUAAUCUGUAUUGUCAGAUUGUCUGUAUUGAAAACUCACAGCUGAUUGGACGAAUGCGUCACGUGGGUCUGGCUUCUCCCGAAUUUCAAAACCGACCAUAAUGGCGGCUCGUUUGGAAUACGACCUCGUAUUUUAGGAAAAUAGUUCACCGAAACGUCUUUCCGAAAACAUUUUAAGCGAGAAAUAGGCCGUUCAGUUGCCGACUCGGUCUUCAUUUUAAAAGAUUUUCGUCAGAUUUUGGGUAAUGGGGUUGGUGUGUCAGCGCCUUAAGAGAUCAGGUCAGGAUUUCAGUUAGGAGCACACAGGAAAAGGUGCUUUCUAGUCAGAAGAAAUCCACUGUUUUUUAUUCAGAUACAAACAAAGAAGAAAAUGUAGGUCUCAGUGUGUAUUAUUGUUGAAGAUUAUCGUUAGCUGGGCUAUUCUUCUUUGUAUCCAUCAGUUAUAUUUCAGUAACUAGUAGUCGGACGAUUGCACAGUAACACGUGGCGUGUUACCGGAAUUCCUACAUGCACAGUCCGGCUCAAAAAGAGUAUUUCAUGUCUUUUAAUAGAUGCUUUUAUUCCAAGAGCCUUUUAGCAGUACUGUGAUUGGAUACAACCCAUCGUCAUGGGUUUUAAUGGGACCCCGUGGAGCCACUGUAGGUGUCCCAUUUAGCUCAAGUCCCAACCACUACGCAACAGCUUCUGUUGUACAGAUGUAAUGACAUUGAUCAGUCGUGGUGGGCGAUUAGCAUCACGCUGCGAGGCCACGUUGGCUGACGGAGUCCAGACGGUGCCGACUUCCACCCUGUGAACAGUUGUUCACUCACCAGUAGGUCAGGUUCUGCUCGUUUUUUAGUGGGGGGGGUCACAUGUUUGGUCUGG